AUGGGUGUCCACGGGCUUUGGGAUGUCGUCCAGCCAUGCGCUCGACCCAUAAAACUGGAAACCCUCAAUAGAAAACGCCUAGCGGUUGACGCUUCUAUCUGGAUCUAUCAAUUCUUAAAGGCUGUCCGCGACAAGGAAGGAAACGCCCUCCGGAACUCUCACGUUGUUGGCUUUUUCCGUCGCAUAUGCAAACUGCUCUUCUUCGGAAUCAAGCCCGUCUUUGUGUUCGACGGUGGCGCGCCGAUCCUGAAACGACAAACCAUUGCCGCUAGAAAGAAGCGACGGGAAGGUCGCAGAGAAGAUGCAGUGCGAACUGCGGGGAAGCUCCUUGCAGUGCAACUCCAGAGGACUGCAGAAGAGGAAGCGGCCCGGCAAAAGAAUCAAGCGUCUAGAAAGGAAGAGGAGGUCCCUGACAACCCGGUUUAUGCUGAAGAGGCCUUCAUGACCGAAAAAGAAAAGCGGCAAAAUCGGACAUUCAAGAAAAAAGAUGCGUACCAUCUCCCAGACCUGCAAGUCUCUCUCGAAGAGAUGGGAGCGCCGAAUGAUCCUCGUAUCAUGUCCCGGGAGGAGCUUGAGGAGUAUGCUCGGCAGUUUCAUCAGGGUGAAGAUAUCAAUCUUUAUGAUUUCUCCAAGAUUGAUUUCGACAGCCCUUUCUUUCUCAGUCUACCUGCCACCGAUCGGUAUAACAUCCUUAACGCCGCCAGGCUGCGGAGUAGACUGCGUAUGGGAUACUCCAAAGAGCAGCUGGACAACAUGUUUCCUGAUCGGAUGGCUUUCUCGAAAUUCCAGAUCGAGCGUGUUAAGGAGAGAAAUGAUCUUACUCAACGCCUGAUGAAUAUCAAUGGUAUGAAUGGUGAAGAAGCGUUCUACAACUCGGGGCAGCGGAUUGCCGGAGAGCGCGGAAGAGAAUAUGUCCUGGUCAAGGACAGCACUAUUGAAGGCGGCUGGGUGUUGGGUGUGGUCGGCAACAAAGAUGAGGGCCGUGAAGAUAAACCCAUCGACGUUGAACAAUAUGGGAAGCUGGAGAUCCUCCCCGAAAUAAACAGCGAGUCGGAUGACGAAGGCGGCUUCGAAGAUGUCCCUAUUGAGGGUCUCAAUCGCCUUCCCAAGAUUCCUCUUCUUCGGGAUGGUGUAUUUGACGAGUCAAUACGACAACAGGUUCAAGCUGGCGCUGCAACGCACCACCUGGAUGAUGAUGCUCUUUUCGUCGAGGGUGACGAAUCUCGCACUCGGGUUGGGAUUGAUGACAUUUUCGAAGACAAUGAAGAUGAGGACCUCCAAAGAGCUAUUCAAAUGUCGCUAGAGCCGGCGACUUCAAAGCAACACGAUGAUGACAUGCCGGAAAUUCGUAUAAACCGGGACAAUGCACCCGUCCAACAACCUCCGGCAGUGCUGAGUCCCAUGUCUGAGAGUGAGGACGACGCGCUGGAUUUUGCUGCUGCAUUAGCUCAGUCGCGGAGAACGAAGAAACGACCUUCUGACGUUAUUGCGUCGCGGCCCACCGUUAGCCAUCCUUUUGAAGGGCCGUUGCCUUUCGAGACCUUGAAUUACAAACCAGCAAAGAAAGGACAAGCCUCGCAAGAGGUUGAUGACAAUGCUGGAGGUUUCGAGAAGAAACCGGCCAAGUCAAAGGAGCAAAUUCCCUUACCACCCUGGUUCUCUGGGGAUACUGCCAACGCCGAGUUCUUCCCUGACAAUACGGAAGACAAUCCGCUAGAGGCGUACCGUGAUCGGACUAUGACACCAGAUCAUGUUUUCCUGAAGGAGCAUCGCUCACCCGGUGUCAUUGAGCCUGACAAGCGCUCUGAAGUAAUUGAUUUGGAUUCAGACACUGAGUUCAAAGAUGAUGGUCUAAAAUCCUCGGUCUCUGAUGAAUCAGCUAAUGCAGAUGUACAAACUUCAACUAUAUCUGCCUCGCACCAAUCAGAGACUACACAAGUUUCUACAACGGAGAAGGUUGGGAACAUGAAACCGCAGAGUGAUGGGAGCUCCAGCGCGGCGGUUCAUGUAGUUGAUAGCCCAAGUGUGGUCAAGGCGCCGACGCCGCGUGCUGAACCAUCUCCAUCCCCAGACUUCGAAGACGUUCCGAUGCAACCACAAGAACCCCUUUCCAAUGGGAUCUCCGCCGACGACGCUCGAGCUACACGCACUGCGGCGUCCCCCUCCCCGGAAUUCGAGGACGUCUCUUUGAACCCACAGAACUCGGUUCUUGAUUCUGUUCCGGAGCAGAAUCAAGCUUCGUUAGCAGUUGACCAGUCAGAUAAUCUCUUUGUCGAAGAUGAUGGCUUUUCGGACCCGGAAGAUGAAGAACUGAUGCGACAGCUUGCGGCUGAAGGUGAAGAACAUGUCCGAUUCGCAGCAACACUCAAUUCUACCUCACAAGCAGAAAGCACUUUCAAUUACGAGCAAGAGCUCAAACAAUUACGCUCUCAACAGAAGAAGGACCGCAGAGACGCGGACGAGGUUUCUCAGAUCAUGAUCUCGGAGUGCCAACAGCUUCUGACGCUGUUCGGUCUGCCAUAUAUCACGGCCCCUAUGGAAGCCGAGGCGCAAUGUGCUGAGCUCGUGUCCCUCGGCCUCGUCGACGGGAUCAUCACCGACGACAGUGAUAUCUUCCUCUUUGGAGGCACACGCGUGUACAAGAACAUGUUCAAUCAGAGCAAGUUCGUCGAGUGCUACCUGACGUCUGACCUGGAGAAGGAAUACGCCCUUCACCGACGCAAGCUUAUCAGCUUCGCCCAUCUGCUGGGCAGUGACUACACAGAGGGCAUUCCUGGCGUCGGCCCAGUGACAGCGCUGGAAAUUCUUACGGAAUUUUCGAGCCUGGAGGAGUUCCGGGACUGGUGGUCCCAGGUGCAAAUGGGCAUGAAUGCGAACGAUGGUAGCCAUGCCGCGUUCUACAAGAAGUUCAAGAAACAAGCCUCGAAGAUCUUCUUGCCACCUGCUUUCCCAGACCCUCGCGUGGACGUGGCCUAUCUCGAACCCGAGGUCGACUCGGACCCGUCUCCUUUCCAAUGGGGUGUGCCCGAUCUGCAUGGACUACGUAACUACCUGAUGGCUACGAUUGGGUGGAGUCAGGAACGGACCGAUGAGGUCCUGGUGCCGGUGAUCCGGGACAUGAAUCGUCGAGAGCAGGAAGGCACUCAGUCCAACAUCACGAGCUUCUUUCAAGGGCCUCAGGGUGCGGGCGCCUUUGCCCCUCGUGCGCGUCGGGGUGGUCCCAGCCGGAUGGAGAAGGCGUUUAGUCGCCUGCGGCAGGAAGCCGAGGCAGGGAGCCGCCAGGCUCUGCAGGACGACGAGGCUAGGGAUGGUUCCCACGAGGAUGGUCCUGCCUCUUCCACACGAGCACGAGGACCAGAGAAAGGUACCAAGCGAGAUCAUGUUACAUGGUUUUAA